AUGAAGCUCCACCAAAUCCUGUUUACAUCCCUUGCAUUCACCGGCUGUUAUGCUGGUUCAGCGGCGAAGCCUUCCAUAUGCGAUAAGUAUACGACUGCACUGCUGAAAGAGAACACGGCCAAGAACCAACAGACGCUGUUGACACUGGUGGUCAACACCGGUAGGCAAUGCCACAGACUCUACGGUUGUACGCUUAGGAAUACACGAAGCUAACCAUCGAUGCCCAUAUUCGCAGCUGUCAUCGGCAACUACACAAAGCCCAACGUUGGCAUUGCUGUCCCUGGAAUUCUGGCUCCAGGUACCGGCAAAUUCGCAGGGGUCAAUCUGGCCAAGUACUUCGGUGGAAUGCUCAAGGUCACGAACCCGGAAGCCAUUGGCAUGAUGGGAAAGAGGCCCAUUGCCGUAAACUGGUUGGACGGCGGCGGCGCAGCACCGCUGAUGAUGAACAUGGCUGCCAAUAACCCCAAAACCAAUCAAUAGUCAGUCCGCCACACUCCACUUUUCCUUUGAAGCUUCAUGGACUUCGAAAGAACUAACAUACUCUCAGCGCCCUCCUCACGCAUCUCUACCAAUACUUCGCCGCGCUACUCGGCUGUAGCCAAUUCGGCAAGACCGUCAUGCCCUACUCCAGCGAGCUGUCCAUGUACAAAGUACACAAGUUCAUGCACCUGGGCGAGAAAGAACUGGGCUACUUCAUCACCCAAGUAGGCAUGUCGGCAGCCUCGUUCGGCGUCUCCGCGACAGAUGUUGCGACGGUGGGAAAGGCACUCAUGGACACGUUCGGAUAUCGCUGUAGUCCGCCGACGAGUGUGCCCGCGGGAGCCCCCAAGGAACUCCAGUCCAUCUGCAUCCAGGUAAGUUGA